AUGGCCAACAUACAGAAUCAGCCUGUUCUCUGUCGGUGGGGAGAAAAUCCGUGCGGCAUCACUCUGGACGAUAUCAGUUCUGCUGGGAUCAACCGCCAUCUCACGGAUACUCACUUCCCCGCUGGAGCAUGGCACGAUCGGACUCGCGAAGCCUGUCAAUGGCAGGUCAACAAGCCAGACAAUAGUGUCCAGCCUUGCAAUACAGAGAUGUAUAUGCGCAACUUCGGAAAGCACAUCGCGACCGUCCACCUGAGGAUAAUGCAGAAGAUAUGCUCAGAGUGCGGUGCGAAGCUAUCCCGAGGCGACGCUCUCAGGCGUCAUCGUGCUGGCUAUUGCCCAGGUCCGAAUGCCAUGCCAGGCGCGAACGUGAGCUCUGGUUUUUGA